AUGCGCCUCGCCGCGUCACAGGGCCUCCGCCCUCUACGCUCGCUUCUUUCGCAGGCCUCUGUUCGCACCUAUACUCAUACGCCUUCGUCUCGUCUGUUUUUAUCACAAUUAUACAAUCCUCGGAACCACCAGAGACAACCAGCUCUAUACCAACCAUGGCACAUGCGCUUUUUGCUCAGCUACCGCCAGAACUCGACAUCCUCUCGUCCCCUGUCGGAAGAGCCCAGCAACAAAUCCCAGACUGAUGCUGAGCGCGAGAAACAGAAUGCCGAGCGUCGUAAAAACGAGGAGGCCUACCAGAUUGUAUUCACCUGCAAGCCAUGUGGCGAGCGCUCUUCGCACCGCAUGUCAAAGCAGGGUUAUCACCGCGGCACAGUCCUCAUUCAAUGUCCUUCGUGUCAAUCGCGUCAUGUGAUGAGUGAUCACUUGGGGAUUUUCUUUGACAAACGUACCACGCUAGAGGAUCUUUUGAAAGAAAAGGGACAGACGCUCACCCACGGGGUUGCUGACGGAAACCUAGAAUUCUGGGAUGACGGCACCGUCAAGAGCUUCGACUUGGAUGGCCAGCAGCGCUUGGAUUCUUCUUCUGCCGGUGAAAAGAAGUCAGAGAAAUCCGACUAA